UAUUUUUCCCUCCUUUGCCUCGUCGUUGGCAGCAUCAUUUUAUUGGAGCUUCUGAGCAAGGGGCGAGGCACUUGAGGGAACAGAGUUGGAUCAGCGGCGAGGUAGUGUUGCUGUAUGCUGGCUAGAAGUGGAAGCCUGGAUCAGCCUUGACUGAGAGGCAGAAAAGAAGGAAGUUUGGGUUUGUCUGGAAGUCAUUGCCAUGCCUUUGCUGCAGCAAGCACCUCCCUGUGAGACUGCCAAGGAGCUGUCAUUGCGAGAAGCAACGUCGCUUCAAUCCUCGUUGGCUGUCAAGGCAAAAACCCAAGUUGACAAACGUCAUGAAGCAACGAGUGACGAGUUGACAGCAAAUGAGAAACCAACUGUCAGCAUGUCGGAUGGUGAGGGAAACGAGCUAAGAGCUCAAGAAGAUGCAGAGCCACAGGAUGCUGUUGCCAAACCGAAUGACAGCGAGCAGGAGCAGAAUGGGAAUCAUCCGUCAAAGAAAGAGGAUUCAGCACUGAAAAACUCGAAAUCCAAUGGUGGCAAUGAUGCUGGGGAAGGAGCCAGCAGUUCAGCCAACGGGCACCUCACUUCGAGCACAACUCACGGGUCUGAUCCGAAAGGAGCUGGCCAGACCAGUGCAGCAUCUGGGGCUGAACCUGAACCUUUGUCCAAAGAGCAACAUGUCUUGAUUGCAAAAGGAGACGAAAAGCAAUCUGCACCGGCAACUGAGCCUCGACCAAAGCUCCCCUCUGCAGUGGAAGAAGUGACAAAGGUGGUGUUGCCCAAUGGAUUCCUCAACAAUGACGCAAAGGACAUGGCGCUUGACCCUUACUCCAAACUAGCCAAUUUGUGGUCCCAAGAAAACAACAAUGAUGCCGCUUAUGAAACAUGGACAAAUCCCAAAGGAAGGCCUUUGUGGGACAAUGUCAAACCCCCCAUUCCAAGAAUUCCUGCUGCCGUACCGCCUGGGGGGACACCUGAUCCAUCUUCAGACGAGUCUGACGUCGCAAUGCCCCAGGCAAAGGCUGGAAAACAACCUCGUGUGACUCCUGCUAGACGCAAAAUCUACACAAUGGCUACGGAUGUCUACGCGGAUACUCGGUACAUUGGAGUGUUUGCAAAGAAAGCCAAACUGAUGAAACAAGGAGCCAAGACCACCAGCAGACUGGGACGUCUGGACGCUGCGAGAUUCCGAGACUACAAGCUCCUGCCUGUCGACUACUUUGUAGGACCUAUGGAAGGGCUGAGAGCUGAAGUGGUCAAGGCUGAAGCUAAGCGAAAGGAAAAGGAAUCGGACGACCAGGAUGGAUCCCCAUCGGGCGGAAGACCACGUCGCCGUCGACGAAAGCCACAAGAGCACGCUAUAGUACCACCGCCUCCCCGCGAACCACCCAAGAAAUGUCCCAAGACUAGCGUCCGUGUGGGUAGAAAGUAUCAGGCCAGCAUCCCCCCUCGAAUGCUAUCACAAUCCUUCGAGCCAGACAUGUCUUAUGUUCCUCAAUCUGAUCAGAUAUGGGAUCCAAAGCUUUUUGCUGCUGCCAUUGAACGAGGUGAACGACCCGAGGAUAUUGACGGCUUCCUGGCGCACGCAAUUGAUCUAAACUCCCGACUCAUGUUGAUGGAAUCUUUGCAUCGUGCCAACUACAACGUUGCGAAUGCGAUUGAAGAGUUUGUCACCAUGUUCCGAGAAAGCAAGGAACCAACCAGCCAGCUCUACUUUGAUGAGAUUCUGAAAUCUGUGAAGCUUUUUCAAACAAGUCGCAAGGAAUUCGGCAAGAUUGCCAAGGAAGUGGGGCGCAGCACUUCGUCCAUUUUGGUGCAGUACUAUCAAUGGAAGGGGAGGGACGAGGACGGUGUAUAUUCUAGGCUGAAACGUGAAUGGAAGGCCGAAGAUGAUUAUUGUCAAGUUUGCGAUGACGGUGGUAUCCUCCUGGUGUGUGACCUCUGUCACAAGGCGUAUCAUUUGGGCUGUCUGGUUCCACCAUUGAAAGAAAUGCCGAAGACGCCCGAAUGGUAUUGCAGCCAAUGCCUCAAGUCGCCAGCCAAAUUACGACGAUUGCCGUCGAUUUCCUUUGGGGGAACAGAUUCAAAACCGGCUGCUUUACGGGCACUGCCUUUCUUCCCUGCGCCACCAAAAGAGACAAGUGCUACCGGUAGUGGUGCCGGCGCGAGUACCGGUAGAGCUUCAGCUCCCUCUGUGGCUAUUGCUGCUGCUGCGAACUCAGGCAAGCCGCCGGCUAGACCACCGAAACUAAAUCAAAAGGAUUCUGAAACUUCCACUCCGACCAAAGCAAGCAAACCAGGCGGUGGUCUCAUUGAUUUGACUUUAUCCUAGAAAACUAACCCUAUAUUCAUGUCAACCAACAACACACACUCUCGCGAACUCUGCAUGCUUCGAAUCUACUAGUAGCUAACUUGGAUUGGUCUUGGUUGUGCU